GCCAGCCGGAGACUUCCUGUUCAGUCCGGAGAAAAUGGAGGAAUACGUGCGCGAGCCAUGCCCGUGGAGGAUUGUUGAUGACUGCGGCGGGGCAUUCACGAUGGGGCUUAUCGGAGGGGGUGUCUUCCAGGCAAUCAAGGGAUUCAGAAAUGCCCCUGUGGGAAUGAACUACCGGCUCCGGGGAAGUCUGAGCGCCGUCAGGAUCCGUGCACCGCAGAUCGGGGGCAGUUUUGCGGUUUGGGGGGGCUUGUUUUCGACCAUUGACUGUGGAUUAGUGAGGCUUCGAGGAAAGGAGGAUCCCUGGAACUCGAUCAGCAGCGGGGCCCUAACAGGAGCAGUUCUAGCAUCGCGGAGUGGUCCCCUCGCCAUGGUGGGCUCUGCGCUAAUGGGGGGCGUUCUCUUGGCUCUCAUAGAGGGGGUGGGAAUCCUUCUCACUCGUUACACCGCACAGCAGUUCCAAAACCCCAGCCCGUUUGGAGAGGAUCCCAGCUACGUUCCGCAUUGACGAGGGCCACGAGGAGCCUCCGGUGACUGCCCCUCGUACCCGCGUUCCUGACCUCUGCUGUUGAUGGAGGAGAGGCGCGAGCCCACUGUAAAUAGAGACCCCCGAGCCUUCCCACAGCUGUCUGUAUUGGAUAAAUAAACUAUGUGGAUCCACUCCA